AUGCUGGGCAUCGACAUGAGCUCCUUUCGGGGCACCGGCAUGGUCGUUCUCCAGAUCCUGCGAGCCUUCACCGUCAUCACCCUGGCCACCCUGGCCGCCUCGUGCUGGAUCCUCGUCAUAAACGUCGACAAGGACCGCAGCUACUUUGUCUUUGAAUGCGCCUCGUACUUCUUCACCUCGAUCCUCUGCGUCGUCCUCAUCCUCUCCGAGUUCCCCGUCCUCAAGCCCGUCAAGCGCUAUCUUCGCCGCACCUGGCCCGUCCUCUCGGACCAGCAUGGGCUCGUCUGGCUCGGCGUCGCCCUCGUCGUCAUCGGCUGCAACAUGCUCGGCAACCUCAACCGGCCCGCGUACGACCCCAAGAACCUCGGCCCGCACUUUUCCAAGCUCGUUCUGGCCUCGUCCGUUCUCGCCAUUACCUUUGGCAUGCUCAACGUCAUCUGCUCCCUGGUGUGGCGGGACGGCAGCGAGGGCAUCAACAGCCGCGACAUCCGGACCAACGGCUCGCUGGCCGAAUCCCGCCGCCAGUCCCUGCCCGACUACACUUCGACGGCCGAGACCAACCCGUCCUUUGCCAACGAAAAGACGCUGAGCAAGUUCACCUCCCUCUUCAGCAGGAACAAGAAGCCCAAGGCGGAAAAGGCCAAGCCCAAGAUCAGCGGCCCCUUCCCGGCCCAGCCAGACGUCGAGCAGCAGCGCGGCCAAGACGACGACCGGCGGAGCCCCAUUGUGUCUGGAAUCAAGCGCCCCGACACUGCCCUGCAUCCAAUGCACGCUGCCCGCGAGAGCAUAUACUCCGAGGCACACAUGUCUCGCUUCUGA